AUGCAAGCCAAUCCCUUCCGAUUCACUGCCAAAUCAAUAUUCCCGUCACUGAUAAACAUACCUACAGUGCACCGACAGCACCGUUCUCCUUCUCUGCCACCCCUCCUCAAACCGCCACGUGCCAUCUCCGCUUCUAAUCCCAAUGACGCCGAGAGUUCUACUCCAAUUACCAUGUCAACCCUAGAAGUUGUCGAUGACUCCGUGGCUGCGUUCCGGGACUACCAGUUUCUCUUUGUCUCGCAACGCUCGGAAACAAACGAGCCAGUGACUCUACAAGUUGUUGAAGGUGCAGUCCCGCCAGAGUUUCCUUCCGGAACAUAUUACUUGACGGGACCGGGGCUCUUCAGGGACGACCACGGCUCGACGAUGCACCCUUUGGAUGGUCACGGCUACCUUAGGGCUUUCACUUUCCAUGGGGUCAGUGGGAAAGAGGUCAAUGUCAUGUUCAUGGCCAAGUAUGUGAAAACUGAGGCGCAGUUGGAAGAGCACGACCCCGUGACCGGUACGUGGCGGUUCACGCAUAGGGGAGCGUUCUCGGUGUUGAAGGGAGGACAGAAAGUCGGGAAAACUAAGUUCAUCAAAAACGUGGCGAAUACUUGUGUGUUGAGCUGGGGUGGGAGGCUGAUGUGCUUGUGGGAAGGAGGUGGGGAACCUUACGAAAUUGAAAAGGAGACCUUGGAAACUGUCGGGAAGGUCAAGCUCAUGGAAGAUUGCGAUCCGGUGGUGGAGAGUGGGAGUGAUGGCCGUGGUGUUUGGGAUGUUGCUGCAAGAUUGUUGAAGCCGAUUUUGUAUGGAGUGUUUAAGAAGCCAGCAAAGCGACUGUUAGCUCAUUACAAGCUCGACACUCACAAAGAUCGACUUCUUAUGAUGUCAUGUAAUGCAGAAGAUAUACUAUUGCCACACAACACUUUUACAUUUUAUGAGUUUGAUUCAAAUUUUAAGGAGGUGGGAAAGAAAGAGUUCAUCAUCCCAGAUCACUUGUUGAUUCAUGAUUGGGCUUUCACAACCAGUUAUUAUAUACUAUUUGCUAACCGCGUUAAACUUAAUGUUUCUGGUGCAAUGACUUCAGUUUGUGGAAUCACUCCAGCGGUGACAGCAUUAUCUGUGAAUCCUACCAAGGACACAUCUCCAAUAUAUUUGCUUCCUAGGUUUCCUAAUGAUCUGAAUUGUAGUCGAGAUUGGAGAGUACCUAUUGAAGCUCCUUCACGAUUUUGGCUGCAACAUGUAGGCAAUGCCUAUGAUUAUUUGGAUGAAAAUGGGAAUUCGGAGAUCCAGAUACAUGCUUCUGUUUGCUCUUACGAGUGGUUCACUUUGCAAAAGUUGUUUGGAUAUGAUUGGCGAAGUGGUAAACUCGACCCUUCGAUUAUGAACUUGGGUAGAAACCACUGCAAAACAUUGCCUCACCUUGUUCAGGUUUCCAUCAACUUGGAUGUCCAUGGGAUUUGUCAAAGAUGUGAUGUGGAGCCUUUGAACGAGUGGAACAAGUCAUCAGAUUUUCCUGUUAUCAAUCCAGCUUUUUCAGGCUGCAAAAAUAAUUACGUAUAUGCACCAAGUACUUCAGGUUCUCGUAGUGAAUUGCCAAACUUUCCAUUUGACAUGGUGGCAAAGCUCAAUCUUUCAACUAAAUCUGUGGACACAUGGUCUGCUGGUAGUAGAAGAUUUGUUGGCGAACCAACAUUCGUUGCUAAAGGUUCUGAAGAAGAUGACGGUUACAUUCUAGUAGUCGAGUAUGCAGCUGUAGUUCAAAGGUGCUAUCUGGUUAUCUUGGAUUCAAAAAAGAUUGGAGCGGCUGACGCACUUGUGGCAAGACUUGAAGUCCCCAAGGACCUAAAUUUUCCUUUUGGUUUUCAUGGAUGCUGGGCCAACAACGAAUAGUUUUCUUUUGCCUUGUGGUUUUUUCAGGACACAAGAUCCACAUGUCUACACCAUGCUGAUUUGGUGACACAAUAUGUUGUUUAUAUAUGGGUUAGGUUUAUGCCCCCAUAAUGCUUUUUUAUUUUUCAAUAAAUUUAUAAAUAGAGAGACGGGCGGUGGGCUCCUGGUUUUAUUUGCAUAGGUUAGUACAUAGGUAUUGUGUAAAUGGAUCCAGGUACCCCAAACACAUAAAAUAAAACCUCAAUAUAGUGAUACUUUAUAUAAGAU